AUGCGAGUGGAUGUGCAGCCGCUCCCUCCAUGUUGAGGACUGGAGAUGAGUUUUGAUGAUGUGCUGUGAUAUUUGCAACCAAAAAUGUCGAGAGAUACACGAAACUCCGCGAUUUUCAGGACUCCUCAACUCAUUGACAACAGUGUUACCCCUCAAGCGAAACGUGCAGAGCAGCUAAGAAGAUGGGAGGAGUCUGCAACGAGCAAAGAAGGGACAACACCCAAGGAUAAUAACCGGAGGAUCAUGUUUUCUGAUCCUUGUGUCUUCCUGGCUGCUUGCUCUGCGGGCGAUACUGAUGAAGCAAAACGCCUUUUAGUUAAGGGAGUUGACAUAAAUACUGCCAACAUGGAUGGUAUAACGGCUCUUCACCAGGCCUGUAUUGAUAAUGAGCUGGACAUGGUGGAGUUCCUGGUAGAAAACGGUGCAGACGUCAACCAGGGCGACAAUGAGGGCUGGACACCACUCCACGUUACCUCCUCCUGUGGCCACCUUGAUUUGGCAAGGUACCUGAUAGACCAGGGCGCCGACGUGGCCGCUGUCAAUAACGAGGGCGAGCUGCCGGUGGACCUGUGUGAGGAGGCUAUCGAGGUCCGCGACCUGCUGCGGCACGAGAUCGCCGUUCGGGGGAUCGACUGUGAGGCGGUGAAGGACGAGGAGCAGAACCGACUGCUCUCGGACGCCCGCCAGUGGAUCAACGCCGGACAGAUCAUGGAACAGCCGCACCCCAAGACGGGCGCCACCGGCCUGCACGUGGCAGCCGCCAAAGGAUACAUCCAGGCGAUGGACCUCCUGUUACGGUGCGGUGCCGACAUCAACGCGCAGGACUAUGACGGCUGGACGCCACUGCACGCGGCCGGCUACUGGGCGCAGCCCGAGGCCUGCCAGGUGCUGGCCGAGAACCUCUGCAACAUGGACAUAAAAAACCACCAGGGUCUGACCGUAUUCGGCGUGGCGGACGACAAGGUACUGACGCUGCUGGAGCAGCUGAAGAAGAAGCAGGCUCUGAUGGCGCGCGACCGACCGGAGGUGGCCGAAAUCAUCAGCAGGCGGCCGCAGCCCACCUUCCGGCGACGCUCCUCGAUCACGCGGAUGUCGUCCUCUGACCGGGCCAGCCAGGUAUCCCGGGACGCCAGCUCGGAGAUGGAGCGACUCCGCGAUAUGCGGAUAGAGGACGAGCGCGCCGCAGAGCCGCCGCCCGCCCGCACCGCCGACGCCGACCAAGUGGAGCUGCGGAAGAAGGCCGGCCAGCCGCAGCCAGCGAGGCCACAGCGGCCGGCCAGCCAGCCGGCGGCGCCGACACCCCCUGCCUUCUCUCCGCGACCUCCGGACGGCGCGCCCGAGACGGACACCCAGUCGUGGCGGCGGCCGGCCGCUGCGCAGCGACUCUCGGCGCCCGACGACUCCCGAUCGAACAAGCCCCGGGAGGAGCCGGCGCGGCCUGCCGAGCCGUCCGACUCUCGACGCGUCCAGUCGGCGCCCGCUGAACAGACCGUAUCGGCCACCAUCAUCCAGACCCCGCCGCCGGCGACAACAACGCCGACGACGACCACACCGACGACCGCUCCGACGACGGCGCCGUCGCGCAGCGGCGCCACGGUGGCGGACGGCCCACCGGCCGAACAGCCGCCGGUACCUCCGGCGCGCGCCGCCACCACCCAGGCGCGCGUCCAGGUGGACCAGCAGGCCGUCUCCCCGACCGCUGCCACCGCCGGCUCCAAGCUCAGCCCGGCCACCAUAUUUAAGAACAUCUUCAAGUCGUUCGUGCCGCCGACGCGGGAGGAGGAGAGUGAGACGCAGCGGAAGGCCCACGCCAAGCGGGCCCGCGAGACGCGCCGAUCCACACAGGGUGUCACCUUCGACGAAAUCAAGUCGGCCGAGCAAUACGUCAAAAACCAACAGCAGCAGAAGGAGCAGCAGCAACAGCAAAAGUCUUCCACGCCCGCUGCUCCGGCGGCACGCGAGGAGCCCGCGUCGCGGGACGACCAGCAGUCGCAGCAGCAGCAGAUGGAGCGGCGGCCCUCCUGGCGACUGCGGCUGGAUGAGGGAGACAAGAACAAGUUCUCUCUGGAGGAGGUGCGCGGCGGUGGAGACGCGUCACGCGCCAACAGCCGCACGUCGACGGCGACACCGACCAGCCCCGAGCCGGACACCACCGUCACCCUGCCGCUGCGGCGGAAAGCCAGUGGCGCGGACUCGGCACCGGCCUCCGCCGCCCCGUCUGCUGCUGACGACAGGGGCGACGACAAAGAGAACGACAACCGGACGGCAGCAGCAGCGGCGGCAGCGGCAGCGGCAGCAGCCUCGCAGGCCACCAUCCAGCGGCGGCGCAAACCCAAGCGCCGCUCCACCGGUGUGGUCCAGUACGACGCUGAGGAGAACGAGAAGAAGGGCAAGGAGGCGGACGCAGCUGACUCAGCGACGACGCUGAACAACCCGCCGAACGCAGCCGCCAGCAGUGAGGCCAGCAGCCGCACCGCCAGCCGAGCCAACAGCGUUGAGAAUGGAGAGGUCGACUACAAAAAGUUGUACGAGGCAGCGAUGGUCGAGAACGACAAGCUCCAGCAGCGGUUGGCCGAGGCUCAGGCCGACUGCCGGGACGCCAAGCUCAACCUCGACAAGGCGCUACAAGUGAGUAGCGGCCGCGCCGCCGCCGCCGAGUCGGACCGGCGCGAGAAGCGUGCCCUCGAGCGCAAACUCUCCGAGAUGGAGGAGGAGCUGAAGCAAUUGCAAAAACUGAAAGCCGAGAACGAGAAAUUGAAGGCCGAGAAUCGCGCGCUGACCCGCGUCGUCUCGAAGCUCACUAACGCGGCGGCGGCCGGCGGCGGUGCGCCGCGCAAGUAGCCUCCAGAGCGCUGGCGAGCGCCGGAAAUGGAGGAGCUGAAGGCGCAAAACAAGAAGCUGCGGGACGAGAACGGCGCGCUCAUACGGGUGAUAUCCAAGCUGUCCAAGUGACCCGCCCGGCCGCCGGCCGCCGCCUCGUCUAGUCAUCGCCGCCGCCGUCAGUGCCUUGCGCGCCGGCGCGCCGCCGCACGCGCCCGCGGAGCGCGCCGCCCGGCCGUAACCCGCUGCAGACAGUCGCCCCCCGCCCCCGUCCCCCGCUCCCCGCCCGUCCCGUCCGCUAGCCCUGCCGUGCGCGCGCGCGUGCGUGCGGCCGCCGGCGGCGCCGAUAUAAUGUGCCUCUGUAAAGUUAUUUAUACCUUGUACAAUGCGCGUGAAGCGAGCGAGUGGCUGUUUUUCCGUAUGUAGGCUACCUUCGUGUCUGGUGGGUGCCCGGCCCGUGCAAUGCGCGUGGGCGCGCCGAGUGUCACACGCCCGCCCGCGCCAGGUCACACGCGUGUCCGCCUGUCUGCCCGCCUGUCGCCGGAUAACACAGAGUCUCGGCAACUGCUGCUCGCCUUUUAUUUAGUUAUUAAAAUAUUAAUAUUGAAAUGAAUGAUGCGAUCUGAAUAAAGCACAGAACACAC